CCUCCUCCGGCUGGCGGCCAACGGGAGGGAAAGGCGGGAGAAAGAGCGAAGGCGACGAUGGCGCUGCUCUUCUCCGCCCUCCGCGUGGUGUUGGGCCUUUUUUUCGCCGUCAGCGGGGCGGUCAAGCUCACCGACCUGAUCGCCGAAGAUGCCCACCGGCAGAUGAAAACCCACUUUGAAAAAUUUGCAGAUGCCUUCCCGUUGAAGGAGUUUGGCUACAAGCCAGAACCAGGAUGGUACAUGGAAAUAGUGGGCUGGAUAGAACUGAUAGGAGGUUUCCUUUUAGCCUUCGGACCUCAACUGCUGCAGGAAAUCAGCAAUUUUGUGCUCACCGUGAUCAUGAUAGGUGCCAUCUACACCCUCCUGGUUUUGAAAGAGCCUUUUGCCAUGUGCGUCCCAGCCACUGUCUCCUUGGGUCUUUUGCUCCUCCUCAACAUCCGUGGAAGAGGGAAGUGUGUGAAGUCAAAGUCUGAAUGAGAUCUGGAGAGAUGGGAAGGAUUCAAAAUGAAGCUUUUGGAAGGACAGACAACUGGUGUUUCCCAUCCUGCUCCCCGACUAAUCAGAUCAUGCGGACUUUACAGUGUAUAAUCCAGAAAGGGGGUUAAAUCUUCACGGUCAUGGCCUAUUUUUUCUCCUUUCUUAACUGUCCAUUUUGUCCGUUUUCCAUCCCUCUUUAAACCUGAUUGGAGAGCUUAUCUUCUCUGCAAAACCAGUCUCUCUCUCUCUCUUUGGUCAAUGGCUACUUCUUGUGUUCAGGCAAGGAGAUAACAUGGAACAGAAGAAAAUACCACAUUUAGAAAAGGGCGAGAAUGAGGGUUAUGUGAGAUUGUGGUUGGGCACUAAAGAAUAUUGUUGAGGGUAAAAGAGGCCUUGGAAUUCUGCAGAAUGAUAUAAUCAAAGGACCAAGAUAGAUCUUGUACCAGUUAUACAUUGUAAUGCUUCAUUUCUGGAUUUUAUUAACUUUGCUAUCAACCCAUCUUGGCCUGAUCUAAGAUUAGGACUUAUGUUUGUUGGUUGAGGAAGUAUAGGUUAAUCAUGAUCCCUCAUCCUUUUCCCAAAAAUUAAAUUUAAUUCCAUUUACCCAGUACUUUUUUUUAACCAUUUGCAUCAAGCAAAAGGUCCUUUUUAUCAUUCCAGUUUUGUUAAUUGGUCAUGAAUUUGGGGAAAUAAAAGUAAAGGGGAUGAAUAGAUUUCUUCGAAUAAGCAUGAGAUGAUCUUGAGCCAUUGCCAUUUAUAAGAAAUAAUCAAUAGGUUCAAAUUUUAUGUCCAUAUUUGGGGGGACUGAAGGUUGGUUGGGAGCUUUUGGCUUGUUUUUCUUUAAAAAAAACUUUUAAAGACAAGUGGGAGUGGCUCAGUGCUUUGGAUUCAAAG